AUGCCACCGUCAACGCCACAGUCAGGUGAAACAAUCCUCCUGAUGGAACAUUUGGAGGAAACACCACUCAACAGCAAUCAGAUAAGAGAGUGGACAAAACGAGAUCCAGUUAUGUCAAAAGUCUUUCGUUUCACAAUGCAAGGUUGGCCAGAGUCCUAUGAUUCCACAACAUUUAAAUCUUACCACAGCAAAAAGUUUGAGUUGAGUGUGGAGGAUGGCUGUUUACUCUGGGGUACGAGAGUUAUCAUUCCACCACCAGGACGAUCAAAGAUCUUAACGGACCCGCAUGAAGCACAUCCAGGAACCUCCCGCAUGAAAGCCCUCGCAAGAAGCUAUGUGUGGGCCUACUUUUGAUGAAGAUAUUGAGAGGGAAGUGAAGAAUUGCAAUCAGUGUUAACUGCAUCAUACAACUCCAGCAGCUGAACCACUCCAUCCAUGGGAGUGGCCAGGACAUCCCUGGACACGGCUUCAUAUUGAUUAUGCAGGACCAUUCAAAGGUGAAAUGUUUCUGGUAGUGGUUGAUGCAUAUUCUAAGUGGCUAGAAGUUCACCAGAUGACAUCCAAUACGUCUACAGCAACCAUUGAGAAACUACGCGAGAUUUUUGCCACACAUGGGCUACCGACAACAGUUGUCAGUGAAAAUGGAACAAAUUUCACGAGCAGUGAAUUUGAAGAAUUUAUGAAGCGAAAUGGUAUUGAACACAUCAAAGUUUCACCAUACCACCCAGCAUCAAAUGGGCAAGCAGAGCGUGCAGUGAGAACUUUUAAAGAGGGCAUUGAGAAGAUGGAGGAAGGAAGUUUGAGAACAAAACUAUCGCGAUUCCUUCUGAAAUACCGCAUUACACCCCAUACGACAACGGGUGUGCCGCCAGCGGAGCUGUUGAUGGGCAGACACCUGCGUACUCGGAUCUGAUACAGCCAAACCUUGGAGAUCGGGUGAGGGAAAAACAAUCACAGCAAAAGGCAGUACAUGACUAUCAUGCUAGAGAACGGAUUAUCAAAACCGGGAACCUAGUAUAUGCGAAAGAUUUCAGGAAACCUGAACGUUGGAUGCCCGGGACGGUAGUGAAGAAGACAGGACUAGUGUCGGCAGAAAUACAGCUUGAUGAUGGUCUAAUUAUCCGGCGUUACCAAGAUCAUCUCCGCAUUCGCACUGAUGUUCCUCAAACAACUGUAGCGAAUGGAUUGGAAAACAUUCAACUACCAACCAGGGAGGUGAAUCCUGCAGAACCACGGGAAGAACCCGAACUGGAAGGGAGAGCAGAACAAAGAAGACAACCCCAUAGAGACCGUCGUCUUCCUCAACAUUUGCAGGACUAUGAACUAGCAAACAGCUAA